AAUUCACAGCUAAUAAUAGUUUACACAAUAGCAGAUGCACAAAGGACGUGCUGUGACUCAAUUACCCCAACUCAGCUUCCUCCCUUUGAUUAUAUAUUUACAGUACAAUGGAUGCAAUUACUAAUUAGUACAAACGUCUAGAGUGUUUUCUAUAUACAUUCCACAUGUUAUAGUACUUAUAGUUGCAUACUUUUAGUACUUGUACUGUAAUUUCCGCCCCUUGAUACACUUCUUUAGUUAGUAUUUAUUUAGUACAGUAUAUGAAGUGAAGGAUUUUACACAAUUCUGAAUGAUAACAGAGAUGUAUUCAUAUUGCAUUCUCUUGGUGGUUUGUUUGUUAUCCGUAUGUAGCGGCAUAGAAAGCCAAUGGAAAGUACAAGAAUUUCCUAACCCAAUAUACCAAGUAGAAGAUUGUGGGAGAUCGGCAGAUGUUGAAAAAUCAUGGAUAUGUGAUCCGAACAAAGUUAUAUCAGAGCAAGACGUAAAUGAUAUCAGCGACAAGCUAGUUGAGAUCUAUACCAAUUCCAGAUGUAACUGCGCACUGUGCAUCAACAACAGAACCGGAUAUAUUGUCAUGGUUGCAAUUAUGCCGAAAAUGCAUAGAAUAAUCAAUGCAUCAAAUAGCAUGUCUGAUAUAAUACAAGAUGCCAGGGUGUAUUCCUAUUAUCUAAGUAUGUACUGGGGAUCUUUUGCUACCUGCAAGGAAUUGGUCUUGUUGCUGGUUUCAAGAGAUGAUGGUGUGGUUUAUACAUUAACGCAGAUGGAUGCAAGAAGAAAGCUAACAGAUGAAAUGAUAACAAAGAUAACUCUUGAUAAUCAGAAAUACUUUGAUGGAAAUGACAGAGUCAAGAUGGGCCAGGGGAUCAAGUUAAUGAUCAAUAAAUAUGGAGAGUUACUGAGAAAGCCGUCAACAGAAUAAGUGACCAGGGUCGAGUUCAAUAUCGUAGCAGCUACGUAGCUGCUAUCAAUAUAUAUGGAACAACUAGUUUUUAGCUACACGUUCAGUACUAGUAGUCAAAAUCUACGUAGGAGUACGAACGUAACCGCUACGAUAUUGAAAGGGUUAAUAAGUGUGUCUUGAAAUAUCAUUAGUUAUGAAGACAGUUGUAGCAUCUGACAAUAAAGAAAGGAAGUGUUUUAAUGUAAAUAAUGUAUGCGGCUGUGAAAUGAACUGUAUUUGUUUAAAAAAAUGUUUAAAUUUACAUUGUAUAAUAAAAAUUUCAAGCUAA